AUGGCCAAGGAAGGCAUUGCUGCUGGAGGUGUAAUAGGGGUUAACACCACACUACAAGAAGUGCUGAAGACUGCACUCAUCCACGAUGGCCUAGUUGGUGGAAUUCGUGAAGCCACCAAAGCUUUGGACAAACUCCAAGACCAUCUUUGUGUUCUUGCUUCCAACUGUGAUGAACCUAUGUAUGUAAAAUUGGUUGAAGCCCUGUGUGCUGAACACCAAAUUAACUUGAUUAAGGCUGAUGACAACAAGAAGCUGGGUGAACGAGUAGGCCUCUGUAAAAUUGACAGAGAGGGAAAGCCCCGCAAAGUGAUUGGCUGCAGUUGCGUUGUUGUUAAAGAUUAUGGCAAGGAAUCUCAGGCCAAAGAUGUCAUCGAAGAAUAUUUUAAAUGCAAGAAAUGGUUAAAUAAAAGCCUUGGUCUGAUUUGAAAAAAAAAAAGAAAGAAAA